AUGGAGGACGCCUUGGCCAGAGCAGUGAUUCAGAUAAGGUGGGAAGAAGAUGAGAUGAAUCGGGCAAUACACACUAGGUAUGACCCAAGGCGGAAUGAUAGAAGGCCAGAAUUUAGAUCGAUUGAACCCCAUCACCAGCCCCCUCCUCGUAACCAGAACAGAGUAAGAAAACCAUAUGACCGCCAGCCAAUUAGAACCGACAACAGACCAACUAGACCAACCCGAUACAAAAUCCCAAAGUACAACCUCAACGUCGAACCAGCCCAGGUGGUGGCGAACAUGAAAGGAAUGGGAUCUGGUGUUAAGUGGCGAGGCAAGCUAAAUGAUGAAGCAAGGAGAGACACGUCCAAGUGGUGCGAGUUCCACGGCGACCAUGGACAUAACACCCCAAACUGCAUUGCCCUGCGGUUGGAGGUUGCCGUACUAUUGAAGAGAGGACAUCUCCGAGAUCUGUUGACAGAUAAAGCCAAACGCUACGCCAGAGCCAAUAACCACCAUGAAAUACAAUCUAUCCACUCGUCCUCUCGGUCACAUUCCCACCAGGUAAUUCAGUUUGAAGAUGACAAGCCGGUCACCCUGGCAGCACCUCACCACGAUGCUUUAGUCGUCUCUCUCCAGAUCGCCAAUAUUCUGGUCAAGAGGGUAUUCAUAGAUGGGGGAUCAUCAGUAAACAUUCUGUUCCUUGAAGCAGUGAAGACUACGGGUCUAGAAGAAGCAAACAUCAACAGAAGGCUGACCCUACUGGUUGGGUUUAGUUCUGAGCAAAAUUACACCAUCGGAGAGAUCGUCCUUCCUAUCUACGCCAGCGGAGUAAACAAGCAGACCCUAUUUCUAGUGAUCGAUUGUCCUUCACCAUACAAUGUCUUCUUGGGUUGA